AUGGAUUCCAUUCCGAUGGCGAGGAUGCGCUCGCCAAACAGCGCGUCCCGCUCAGCCUACUCGCCGCGGCGCUCUCCCCCCUCAGCCAGCGCACCUCGUUCUGCCUAUACUCCCGUACCCACCGCCCGUACAGCCGAGGAGCUUCCCCCGGUGAACUCGUUCGAGAGCAUGGACGAUACACACGUGCAAGAGAUACACCCGGAGUGGAAGCGUAGCCUAUAUAUGCUCCUGGAGCGGCCCACUUCCUCGUACUCGGCUUUCAUCAUCCACGUUGCUACGACGUCCCUGAUUAUCAUCUCUGCGCUUGUGACUGUCCUGGAAACUAUUCCGUCCUUCCACUCAAUAUCUCCACGAAUAUGGUUCGGCUUCGAGACGACGCUGGUUGUGCUCUUCACGGUGGAGUACAUCGCGCGGUGUCUAGCGCACUCUGCGAACGUGUGGACAUUUCUGCGAUGGUUUGGCUCGUUCUUCGGUAUCAUAGACUUGCUUGGUAUUGUUCCGUACUACCUGGAGAUCAUCCUCCACCAAGACACCUCAACCUUUUUCAGAUUUACCAUUCUGCGGACGUUUCGCUUGCUACGCGUGUUCAGGCCGUUCCGCUAUAAUAACACUAUCCUACUUACAAUCGAGGUCAUGUACCUCUCCUUCCGCCGCUCACAACACGCACUGCUGGCGCUUGCAUUCUUCGUGGUCAUGGUCCUAGUCGUGUUCAGCACACUCUUAUACUUCGCUGAGCGUGGAACAUGGGACGAAGUACUGGGCACGUUCAUCAAUUCUGACGGUGAUCCCAGUCAGUUCGCGGUAUCGAUCACAACCGUCGGCUACGGCGAGAUCACACCUCGCUCGUUCCUCGGGAGGCUGAUCACAAUACCGUUACUUGUCUUCGGCCUCCUCCUCAUCGCGCUCCCGACCUUCGUCCUCGGGCGCGAGUUCAGUCUAGUCUGGGAAAUGAUGAAAGAGGACCAGCAAAUCUCCCGCGAAGAAGUCUUCAACGCACACGCGCUCGACCCGCUCGCCUCGCCCACGCUCGUCCGCCAGCGCUCCUCGUCGUCCGCCAUGAAUCCCUGGCGCCACACGCAGGACGAGCCACAGGCGGGCAGCAGCUUCUCCCGGGAGAGCAAGGAGCUCCGUGAGCAGGUCGCGGAGCUGAAAGCGAGCGUGGAGAUGCAGGGCGCGCUGUUGCGUCGGCUUGUCAGCGCUGUGGAGGGGGGUGCGCAGGGGCAGGGGCGAGGGAAGCAACGCUCCCAGGGGCUCGGAGAAAAUCCUCCGCAUGCCCGGGCACAUCGGGUGUACCAGCCCGGGAAGCGGCACAUGGAACUGAUGCCUUCCCUGAGUAGGAGCAGUGGGCUGGACAAAGAUGGGGAUGCGCUGAGGGACCGUGCAGUCCAGGAGGAGUAUCGCGCGUUCAUUGAGGGGAAGAGCACGCCAGGAAAGCUCCGCGAGGGACUCUUGGCGACCGACCGCAAGGAUGCAUUCGCACUCGAAGCGUACGAAACGUCCCUCCACCUCUCGAUUAUCUUCCGCUCCGACAAGCAGACGACGUCUGUCCUCUCCCACCUCCCGCACCUCUACGGCGCGCGUCCGGGAGCUGCAGAUCCCACUCACACAGCGCUGCCUACGACUCUGCUCUCGCUCCUUCACCACCUCCUUCUGGGCUACCCCUCGCAGAGCAGGUACCACGAGCACCUGUACUCUUUGCCUGGCCCGUUCCUCCCUCGCGAUAGUGCGGCGUAUCGAUGGAUCGCGCAGCUGACGCAUAGUCUGCGCACGAGGAACUACGCGAAGCUGCAAGAGCUCACGGACCGCGAUGCAUUCGAGGGCUUCUUCGUGGACCCAGGCGCACCGGACGAGGGCGGAGGUCACCCGCCUAGCGGCGAGACGUCUGAGCAGAUAGUUCAUCAAUCGGCGGGACAACCCAACCUUGCGCUGGAGGCUAUGUGCACGCUUGUCGAGGGCAUCCGCGACAAGGCUCGUGCGACAGCGUGGCUCGUUAUGCGGAGCGCGUAUCGAGAGCUUCAUUGUGUCCCGCUACCUGUCAGUGCGCCGAAGACAACCGACAAGGAGCCCUCACCUACCAGCGAAUGGCUUGCGCGUUCGUUGGCUCUGCGUCCUCUCGGGCCUCUGACAGCGGACGUCAGUGAGAUGAUGAGAUGCGUGAACGAGUGGUUGGAGCAGAAGUGUGGCGAAGGCGAAGUAAAGCGCAAAGAAGGUCCAGAAGGGAGAUGGGUCGUUAACAAAGUGCCUGUCAAGAUGUAG